CAACAUUUGGAAUGAAUCCGUCGACAGGAGCUUUUGAAUGCGUGUUGAGAGAAGAAAAUGCGUUUUUAAUGUCUUGUGUUGUGAAGUUUAUCGUAGAUACAAUACUAAUUAAUAAACCGUGAUUGAAGUAGUUAUGGAAAUUCACAUGAAGUUUAAAGAAUUACAGCAGCUAGUGUGUUGUCAUUGAAAUGUUGAUAGUGACAAUUUACGUGCCAAGUCUACAUCUUUGAAAAGGGAAGUUGCAUGGGGACUAUAACAGUUUUUUAAAUGUCAGAAGGUAUUACUUUAACAUUACUCAUCAGUGCAGUAAACCAUAUAUAUAAAUAUAAGAAAUCAAGAAAUUGUCAUAUCCAAGUUUCUGAGGUGACACCAUAUUUUGCAAGAAUCAUCUCAACUGAGCGAUAUUAACUAAGCAACUUCCUUACUUUUGUAAUAUAUAUUAUGUAUUUUAUUGAGAAGUAACCCAGAAUCGUAUCAAUGGUGGACAUGGCAGGAGUGGGCUACGGCCGUUCAGGAGUGUUAGAGACGCAUGUACGAGGACAGUGGUAUCGGGUAUUUGUGACAUUGGAAGAUGAUUACCUAAGUAUAAGUUUAGAUGAAAGCUAUGAGAACUCAACAACUCUAAAUGGGAGCUUGAAUAACAAUAAUAACAACAAUAAUAAUGUUGACUCUGGUACAGGACUCUUGGAUGCAGUUGAUGUGCCAGAGUCAGUGGCUAAUCAGAAAAGACUUGUGAGAGUGGUCAAGUCUGACAACAAUGGUUUAGGGAUAUCAAUUAAGGGUGGGAAAGAAAACAAAAUGCCAAUCCUGAUAUCAAAGAUUUUUAAAGGAAUGGCAGCUGAUCAGACUGAACAACUUUAUGUUGGUGAUGCCAUUCUCUCAGUGAAUGGUGAAGACUUGAGAGAUGCCACACAUGAUGAAGCAGUAAAGGCAUUGAAGAGAGCUGGAAAAGUUGUUGAGUUAGAAGUGGUGACCUCGUUCUAUGUUACAGUCAAGUACCUUCGAGAAGUGACGCCGUAUUUCCGCAAGGCGAGUAUCAUCUCAGAAGUUGGGUGGGAACUCCAGAGGGGGUUCCUGUCUGGACCACCUCCGAGCCCUCACUCGCCUCAGCGGGCUGACACACGAUACCUCCCGCUCCAGCUCUGCUACCUCGUAAGAAAUUAUCGACAUCCCGAUCCAGAAAACCGAACACUAGAGCUGCAUUCCCCAGAUGGAGUCCACAGUUGUGUACUACGGGCUUCAGAUCCCAACGAGGCAGCUGCGUGGUUUAACACCCUCCAUUCAGCACUGAAUGCGCUUAAUCUUCAAGCAUUGCAGGAAGCCAAUAGAGCACUCGGAGCUGUUUUGGGAGAACUGCAGGACAUAGGCUGGCUUGCAAGGAAACCUGCCACCAGAGAAGUUAUAAUUUUGCAGAAUGGACGGGUGAGCUCAGAAAGCAGCGACGAUCCUGAACGUUGGCAGUCAGUUUUUGCAGCUGUCACAGAGAGGGAGUUCAGGUUAUAUGAAUCAGCCCCUUGGAGUCCUGAAGCUUGGGGCGCCCCUGUUGACACAUGUCCACUGCUGUCCACAAGGUUGGUGAGCUCAAGCCGACAAACAGACAUGAUAACUUUCAGUGUACGCUGCGGAACACCCGAGGGAGUAGUGACUCACCACCUGCGAGCUGAGACGCACCGUGACCUUGCAAACUGGGCACGAGCCCUAGUACAGGGCAGUCACAACUGUGCCCAAGCCCAGAGGGAACUUGUCUGCCGUUGCAUAUGGCAGGGGCAGCCAGCACAGCUGAUACUCCACUAUGAAAAUGGAUUUACACUGAUGGAGUUCCUGAACACCUUAACGAGGCGUGAGCCUAGAAUGUUAUGGAAGUUCCCGUUUGAACGGCUGCGUGUAUCUGCUGAUGAUGGGGCCCGAUUGCUCUGGCUUGACUUUGGCAGUGAGGAAGGAGAGAUGGAGCUGGACUUGGAAUGCUGCCCAAAACCUCUGGUAUUCAUCCUGCAUAACUUUCUGUCGGCCAAGAUCCAUCGCCUGGGUCUGUAUGCAUAAUGUUGUUAGCUUUCUGUUUAUGAGUGACUACAAUGAGUGAAGAAUCAUACAGACACAUAUCUAAUUUGGUAACACCACUGUUUUAAAAGUCUGGAGAACUGCGUCAUUGUAUCAGCAACAGUGAUAUCCUCAUUUAACUCUCUGAAGCUGAAGCUCAUCUAAAUAACAUUUAAGAAUUCAGUCCAUACCUCAAAGAGAACCCUAUACUUCACCAUUACAAAGAACAGUGGGUUGAUACUGUUUAAGGAAAUAAUCGCUGUUUAUUCUGAGAAUAUGAAACCUGUAAAUACAAAAUACUAUAUUGAUUGGUAAAGUAGGAGGUUCAUGCAAUUCCCACUGGGCUUUAAAAAUCACAUAUUAAAUUUAUGAAUUCUUUAACUCCUUUGUUAGUUGUCAUGGUCUUUCUUACAUUAUUAUGAAUAGCAAGGCACGUAGGCAGCUAUAAAUGUUUUAUAAGUACACUUCAUGCUUCUACUACGAUCUAACUCAUAUAUUAGGUAAUUCAGCUGCUAUCUUUACUUACGGACUAGGCUAUUUGACAUGUGAUAAGAGGAUUUUUCAAGAAAGCUGUUUUGGAUAAAACAUCGAUGAUUUCAAUGGUCACUUGCCACAAAGACUCAUUUACGUAAUCUUUAUAUUGAACUGUUAUACAAAACACUUCAUAUUCAUUGUAAUAUCAGUGGGAAUGAAAUUAAUAUAAAGGAUAAAUUCUGCGAUGCGUAGAAGACUGGGUCGGUGUCUGACCCGUGUAAUUUAACAAGUGUGUCACCCAUGCAUGUCAUCUUCUUGGGUCUUUUGGCAUUGUUACUCUUGCUCUGCCGCUAUCAGUUUAAACUGGUGUAUUUCAUCUUGGAAUCAUCUUGUGAAGAACACAGGCAGUGAAUGAAAUCAUAUCAAAUAGAUUAGUAUAUUUUUAUAUGUCUUUACAUACUCACUAUUUAUUAGAGGACACGGUGCUACUCGUUUGGCCCCUGUGAUCAGCAUCACCUUUUCUGUUUUAGAACAACUCAAAUUUGCAUAUAUUUAGUCACUGCCUCAUACUUCAUAGUCAUGAGAUCAUGGACAUCUUGUGUUCAGUCUUCUUCUUCUUCGUCUUUUGUAGCGUUAUAACCCUAUGUGGGUCUUAGCUUGUUCGAUGAGUUUUU